AUGAAUCUCUUCAGCGGUAUUAUUGUCUCGUUCAAGCAAGAUAGUCUGUGGUCAUGGUUUGUUUGUGGGCUCACAACUUUGUGCGUGAUUCUAACUAUUGGAUUUAGCAGUGCUCUUGGCGUUCUUCUCCCCGUUUUCAUGAACUCUUUCGGGGAAAAUCGUGAAAGUACAGGUCAGUUUAUGUAAUACUGGACAGGUGUAAGAAUAAGGGCUGUUUAUGGUUUUUCGUAAAGUUUAAGCUAGAUCACACUUGUAGUUAUUAAAUAAGAAUAUAUUUUUGGAUCUGAGACAAAAGUAAAAAUCUGGACAGGGCUGCUAAAACAGCAAAAAACAAACUGCCGAAUGAACCCCUAUAUUUGGGUUAAAUGAACAAAGUACUCUCUCUAACAGCAUAAUUUCAGAUUCAAACACAAUCUACGCGUCAUGAUUGGUCCAUUACCAGUGGAUAAGGAAGUAGCAAAACCCCCAAUCGCCCUGUGCAAAACUGAACGAAAAAUUCAGCAUAGUGGGUUCUAAAAAGAUUGGAAACCUGGUUCUUAAUGAUACUUGACUCGUCACUUAAUAAUGCAAGUACAUAUCACACAGCCAAAAUUGCGCGAUAACAGUAGAACCUGGAUUUUAGGAGGAGAUUACUGAUUAGAGACAUGUUUGUAAUGGUGGUAACUAGAAUUUUUUUUGCUGUCCAGCAUGGGUUGCAUCGAUCAUACAUGGCGUACAUUUGAUUCUCGGUCCUGUAAUGGGCGCCUUCCUCAACAAAUUUGGCUUUCGAGUUACAACAAAAGUGGGCUGCCUGUUAUGUUCUCUUGGCGUCACAUUGGGUUCCUUUGCUUCCACUAUUUAUAUGCUCUACUUUACCUUCAGCAUACCUUUUGCAAUGGGUCAGUCGCUGGUCUUCGUUUCGGAAGCAAUUAUAGUAAACAAUUACUUUGAUAAAAGAAAAUCCUUUGCUCUCGGACUAGUAACGUCAGGACAGGGAUUAGGAACGAUGAUUCUUAGUCCUUCUCUUCAGGCGGCAGUUGACGUUCUAGAGUGGAGGAACACCUUUCGGGUGUUUGGUGGUCUUUUGGCUGUUUCAUCCCUGACUGGAGUUAUUCUUCAUCAGAGUCCAUCAUUGCAAGAAAGAAACAUGAAUUGUUCCUCAAAAAAAUGGAGCUGGAAUCUAUCGUUAUUUAAGAAUUCGACCAUCCUAGUACUGGUAACAACAGCAGUAGCCUACAUGUUCUCUCGCCUGGUCCCAUAUGUGCAUCUCGUGAGUAUCUAGAACUAGUUGACUAUUCUUUUAAGACUUAAAAGUCGUCUAGUCCUCUAGUUCUUAGGUUUCUAAGUCGUCUUAAUUUACGCCGACUUUUGAACGAAAUUUUUUAGCAUAGGGCUGGAGAUGCACUGUUCGUCUUCGUCUGAUUUCUGAUUAUUCAGUGUACAACGCAGAUUAACCUAUUGAUUAUCAUUGAUUUCCAUAGUCUAACUUACAUUUGCUAGCAUUUUCAGAUGAAGCAUUGUGAUGACCUUGGUAUUUUGGCUGACAAGGGUUCGACAAUUUAUAUGGUUAUCGGCAUAUUUGCCUCUCUUGGCCGCAUCGGAGGAGGAUUCCUGUGCGACUUGAAGUUCGUAAACAGCCGCCUUCUGCUUCAGGCAGCUAUUUUCAUUAUGGCAGCUUCCACUAUGCUUUUGACCCUGGCGAAGACUUACUUUGGUGUAUUCACUUAUGCCAUCUUUUUCAGUUCAGCGGAUGGAUUGAUGAUUACUUCUAUGAUAGUUGAAAUCCUAAAAGCCGUAAAGGAAGAUGAAAAGGCUUCCGCCGUUGGAUUGCUGAUGCUGUUUUCCGGAAUUUCUGCCUUGAUCGGUCCACCUUUGUCGGGUAGGGAACCAAUUUUGUAUUUUCACCCUCAACCCCCUUCCGGGGGCUGAGAAAGUAUCCCCCUCCCUUUACAAGCUAUAUACAGGGUAAUUAUGAGAUUUGCUCCUAUGGCGACUCCCUCCCACUCCGGAAAAGUCAUAACCGACAAUAAUAGAGUAUCCUGAUAAGCUUCUAAACUCCUAUGAGACGCCGCUGUUGUUGGAGUAUGCAUUUUAACAGCGUUGAAAGAUUCUCCCCUUUGGCUCUCGUAUCCAUGACAAAAACUUUGGAACCAUCGAAUUGUACAUCCUUUGGUUACUUAAUCUUAAUGAAGAGUCUUUUGAAAAUAUCAACAACAAUUGAAGUGAGUCAAACAGGCAGAUGGGUCGUUAGAGAGACAAACGUGGCAUUCUGAUGUUUGAAGGACUUCAAAAUAGACAGACAAAUGAAUUAACGGGGUAAGUUUCGAAAGAAACUUGGUGCUGCGUCGGUGGGAGAGAAUAGCACUGGCUAUAGUAGAGAGUUGCAAAGCUGUCGUUCCGAGCGUUUCGAAACGUCAGCUUUGAACUCUUUAUAGUGGCCAAUUUACGUUAUCAACUCGGUUGAUAAUACCAAAUUACCCAGACUAAAGACAUCUCAUACGCCUGCCAUUUUGUUUUUCGAGACAUUUUGUUGUUAUCUUUCUUAUCAGGUCUAAUGGCUGACACAUUCGGUAACUACUUCGUUGCGUUCAUUGUAGCUGGUGGAGUUGGAGUCGUUGGGUCUCUCCUU